UUUCCAAAAAGUGAUUUUCCUUUAAUAAUUGAGAGGGGUAACAUUGUAAUUUCGAAGAAAGAGAAGGUUAGCGUGGGAAGUGCAUUUUAUAGUGCUUACGUGCAGCAAAACCCAAACAUUGCAACAAACAAACUUUCUGAAUUCAAUCGAAUUGAAUUGAAUACGAAGAGAGUUACCUUUCGUAAAUAGGCAAUGGCCAGAAAGCGUAACAUCGCCAUCCAAAAUCAACUCAGCCCUCUCUCCGAGGCGGCCGCCACCAAGAAGCUGCGGAGGCUCCCCCACGUCUUCACCAGAGUCCUGCAACUCCCCAUCCCCGCCGAUGCUGACGUGUCCUUUCAUGAAGCCCCUAACUGCUUCCGAUUCGUCACGGAGACACCGGAACUCGUACAGGUGGAGGCUCACAUAGUCCAAAUCCAUCCCGGAAUGACAAAGGUAGUUGUCAGGGAAACUGUCUCCUUGCGCAUUCCCUUCGAAGACCUCCACCUCGACGUCUGGAGGACCCGCCUGCCGGACUCCACGCGGCCGGACCUCACCACCGCUGUCGUGAUCGGUGGCGAACUCGUCGUGACGGUGCCUAAGAGCGUCCAUGACCGGGAAGAUGACCUCAGAGGCACGGGCGCUGCUUCUACACCCGUGCUUGUAUAGUGAUUUGUUUGUUCUACUUAACUCCAUCGUUUUAGUUUGUUACUUUCCUCAGUUUUUUUAAGGUUGUUCUUGAAUUUUGAUACUGUAGUGUUUCUCUGCCGUUGUUUUUCUCCGAUCAAAUACACUUUUUUUUUUUUUUGCAUAGUACUAGCACGUGAUUAACAUUGCUGUGUGAUUUUAAUGUUUUUUAAUGAUUACAUGCUUGUGUUGCCAAUUGGGUCAUUUUAAAGUUUAUGUGAGUCAACAAGUAAACUAAAAUGGAGAUCAGAGUAAAAGUGGCAGUAUUCUAUUAUUGGUAAUUAAUAGACAAACUAUUAAUUUAACAAUAUAACUAUAUGAAAAAAUAAAUGAAGGUAUAAGUAAUUAUAAAUUUGUGUGUUUU